AUGAAUGGACCUCCGAAAACAUCAUAUAUAAAAUAUUCUGAACGUGCUUUUUUCACUUAUUCAUCGAAAGAGGUCAACACUUUUCAACAUGGUUAUCUUGGUAUUGGUCCAUCUUACAUAACCGGAAAUUUUCAUCUUUGUUAUCCUACAACUGAACCUUUACAUUUAAAGAGAAUUGAAAUUUCUUUUGUUGGCCAAGAAUCUGCUUUGAUUGAAAGUACAUAUUCAGUCCGAUCUCAUAGAAAAUUUAGUCGAGGUUUCUGCCAAUAUACCUAUAAUGCUUGGGAAAAUUUGGAAUUUCAGCCUACCACAAACUUGACCUUACCAUUUAACUUUAAACUCGAUGAUGAUCUUCCAGGCUCAUUCGAAGUCGACGGUACCCUUUAUGCAAGUAUAAGUUACACUCUAAAAGCAACCAUAAUAUCCAAUAAGAAUGUUGAAAAAAUUGUUUCAGUAAAAUGUCAUAUUAAUCGAUGGUGUUUACCAAUGGAAGCUUUGGAACGACCAAUUGUGAUGAAGCAUCCUGACCAUGAUAAAACAGUAGAAUAUAAAGUUGGUGAUAUUAUAAUAAAUUGCGAGUGGUGUAUGGGAGAUAAAAUUUCAAUGUUUAUAAACUUAACUUCCUCAGAACAAAACAUCAAAGUAAAUAUUAAAGAAAUCAGACUUAAUCUACUCGAAUUACAAUAUGAUAUAAAUAAUAAUGAAAUUGUAGCUGGUCAUAAACUCGAAUCUACUAACGUUAUAAUUGAUAAGAAGAAACUUUCUAACUUGCCACAUCCUUCAGGAAACAAAUACUCUUUUGAAGUUGGAAUGCAUAUACCCUCAAAUAAUGAUACUAAAUUUACACCUGCAAACAUUGGUAUAAUAAGAAUGCUCCAACAUAUCAAGGUAGUGCACCGUUUGAAAGCACAUAUUAAAUUUGAUAGUGGUGAACAUUUAGUCUUUCAAGGUGAUAUUGGAAUUAUAAAUAGUUUAACCCCAAAUCAAAUUAAAGAAG